GUUGAAAAAAAUGAUGAGGACCAAAAGAUCGAACAAGAUGGCAUCAAACCAGAAGAUAAAGCUCAUAAGGCCGCGACCAAAAUUCAGGCUAGCUUCCGUGGACACAUAACAAGGAAAAAGCUCAAAGGAGAGAAGAAGGGUGAUGCCCAAGCCGCUGAGGCGGAAGCGAAUGAGAAGGAUGAAGCCCACGCGGCCGAUGGCGUGGAGAAGAAGGAGGGAGAAGGCCCCACUCCCACUGACGCGGCCCCUGCCUCGGGCCCCAAGCCUGAGGAAACAGGCAAGGCAGGCGAAACUCCUUCCGAGGAGAAGAAGGGGGAGGGAGCCCCUGAUGCUGCCGCAGAGCAGGCAGCCCCCCAGGCUCCUGCCCCCUCAGAGGAGAAGGCCGGCUCUGCUGAGACAGAAAGUGCCACUAAAGCUUCCACUGACAACUCGCCGUCCUCCAAGGCCGAAGACGCCCCAGCCAAGGAGGAGCCUAAACCAGCCGAUGUGCCUGCUGCUGUCACUGCUGCUGCCGCCACCCCCCCUGCUGCAGAGGACGCUGCU